UAAUGCAAUAAAAAGAGGUUGAGUAAAAUUUGGAGGUUAAAUUUAUCUUAAAUAGUGAUGAUCGUGAAGGUCACAACAUAACUCUACCAAAUAAUUAUGAAGAUUUCAUAAAUGAGAUGUAUGAUAAAUAUCAAUUAGCAAAGACAAAUAAAUAUGAGUACAAUAUUUCAUUAAAGUAGGUUUAUUAAUAAGAAUAAGGAGAUUAAUAUAAUCAUAGAUUCUUAGAUAUCUUAUAAAAAAAUGAUAGAAAAUUUAUAAUAAAACUAAAAUUCAGCAAAUUUCCCAUUGUUAAGAGUAAUAAAAGAAAAUUAAUUUGAUGUACUUUUUGUGACCGAUUCGAGUGUUGAAAAUUUGUAAUUAGCAUCUAAUUAUGAAUAAUUCUAAAAGAAGAUGGAAAACUAAUUUUAAAUGCCAAAGACAACUAAAUAUAUGUGAAAUACUUUUAAUUAUAAUAGCUAUGCUGCAGACGAUGAAAAAAUAAUUAUAGAUUCUAGUUCAUCAUAUGAUAAAGUUCUAUAAAAUUUAAAGAUAGAAGCAAAAGCAAUAACAAGAACUUUAAAAACAGAUGAUGAACAUAAGUUUGACUAUAAUUCGUUAUUUUUUAUUGAAAAUAGCAAUAUAUCUUGUGUUUGUAAACUUUAAGGAAAGAAUUCUAAUUAAUGUAGAUUUUGUAAUGGUACUGGUUUAAUUAAUAAUUAAUAAUCAGAAGGGUAUAUAGAAUUAAAUAAAGCAUUUGAAAUAUUAAUAGAGAAGAAUUUCCAAAAGAUAAAAAAAUAUAUUAAAGAUAAGUAUCAAGAAAAUGUUGAAAACCUUUAAGAUUGGGCAGAAUUCAAUUUAAAGUUAUUUAUUUUUGAGAAUCAGAAAGAAUUUUAUUUUAAAUGCACAAAAUGUGAAAUAUUUUAGGUAAAAGUUAAUAUUGUACAUGUUAAAAGUUAAUAAAGACCUUAAGAGCCUGUUUGUGAUAAAUGUUUUAAAUCUAACAAUUUACAUGGAUAUAUUUAAUAUCCUAGUAAAUUCCAACAAAAGAAUUUAAACUAAGAAGAAGAAGAUUUUUUACCUAAUUAACCUCCAAAUUUAAUGUAAUCAAGUCAUUGA